AUGGCCGCCGGCGACUCACUCCCCGCCCUCGUGGCACUCUCCCUCGUAGAGGCUUUCUUCCUUCAGCGCACGAUCUUCGCAGACGAGACGCUCCGCACCGUCAUCCUCGGCGCGCUGGGCGUCAACGUCCUGCUCAAGGGCAUAUGGAGCCUCAUCGUCUGGCCAUUGCUCUUCAACCCGCUCCGGCACCUGCCCACGAUCCCGGGAUUUAUGAACCACGCAAAAAUAAUCUUCGACAGCCCACGAGGUCGCACACCUUUAGAAUGGAUGAAAACAAUCCCCAACGACGGCCUAAUCCACAUGCGCGACACGAUCAGCCAAAGCUACCUAAUCGCAACGAACCACCAAGCGCUGCUGGACAUAAUGAGCACAAACACCUACGACUUCGAGAAGCCGUGGCGGGCGCGGAACUUCCUAGCACGGAUCCUCGGUUUCGGUCUCAUUCUCUCCGAAGGACCUGCCCAUAAAAAACAGCGCAAAGCUCUUACACCUGCGUUCAAUAUUAAGAAUAUCCGCGCUAUGUACUCGCUCAUGUGGGAGAAGACGAAUGACUUCCUUGAGGAGAUGGAGAAGGAGUUACGACUGAACCCGAUGGAGGGGACGAAUCCUGCGGAUGGGGUUGGGAAGUUGGAGAUGGGUGUUUGGGCAAGCCGCCUAACACUCGAUAUAAUUGGCCCCGCCGCAAUGGGCCGCGACUUCCGCUCGCUGCAAAACACAGAUAACAAAGUCGCCGAAAGCUUCCUCAACAUCCUCGAACCAACAACCGAGAAAAUGGCAUUUUUGGCAAUGAACUUCACCCUACCCCAAUGGAUCGCCCAGCGGGUACCAUGGCGCCUAAACGAAGUCGUCGCAAACGAAACGGGCUUCCUCCGAAACCUAUGCAAUGACAUCGUCCGCGAAAAGCGCGUGGCAUUGACCGAGUCCAAGGCCUCGGCCAAGGACCUCGAAGCCGAUAUCCUGGGCACAAUGAUGCUGGGCGGCGACUUUUCCGACACAGAACUCGUCGACCAGAUGUUGACGUUCCUUGCUGCGGGCCACGAAACAACCGCCGCAGCACUUACAUGGGCCUGCUAUCUCCUAACCCUCUACCCAGACUACCAAGAACGCGUCCGCGCUGAAAUCCGCUCCCAAAUCCCAACCGGCGACAGCCCGAUCACCCACACAGACCUCGAAUCCCUCCCGUUGCUAAACGGCGUAUGCCAAGAAGUUUUACGGCUCUACCCAACCGUGCCUGCCACAAUCCGCGAAAGCAUCCGGGACACAAUCGUGGCCGGAAAGAAAGUGCCCAAGGGAACACGCAUCAUAUUAUGCCCCUAUGCCAUAAACCGCUCGCCUGAAUUCUGGGCGGACGGUGACUCAUUCAUUCCGGAGCGAUGGAUUGAUACAGACGCAAGUGGAAAAAUGACGCCGAAUAAUAACGGGGGCGCGAGUACGAAUUUUGCGCAGAUUACGUUCUUGCAUGGGCAGAGGGCUUGUAUCGGGAAGGAUUUUGCGCGUGCGGAAUUACGGUGUGCGGUGGCGGGUGUUGUUGGGCGGUUUGCAUUUGAGAUGCAAGAUCCUAAGCAGGAGAUUCAUGUUGCCGGUGCUGUUACGACGAAGCCGGUUGAGGGGAUGCAUUUGAGGAUGAGGAGGGUUGAUGGGUGGUGA